UGCCGCUCAAGGGAGGGGUUUAGAAUAGAAUCCAUAGCGCUGACCGGCCAGAUUCAAGGCACAUUAAGCUCGCCGGGCACCCGCGCGCGCCUGAGCAUCUUCGGCGGCGGCGGCGGCGGCAAGCGAGGAGCAAAGCAAAAAAAAAGAAGAAGGUGGGGGUGGGAGAAGCUGAGCCAGACAAAGCAAAGAUGGCAGGGAUCCUGGCUUGGUUCUGGAACGAGAGGUUUUGGCUGCCCCACAAUGUCACUUGGGCGGAUCUGAAGAACACCGAAGAAGCCACCUUCCCUCAGGUGGAGGACCUCUACUUAGCCUUUCCCCUGGCCUUCUGCAUCUUCAUGAUCCGCAUGCUUUUCGAAAGGUUUAUAGCUAAGCCGUGUGCCUUAGGCUUAAAAGUCCAAGCCAAUGGACCACAGAAGGCUCAGCCUAAUGCUAUUCUUGAAAAAGUCUUCACUGCCAUCACAAAGCAUCCAGACGAGAAGAGGCUGGAAGGGCUAUCCAAGCAGCUAGACUGGGAUGUGCGCAGUAUUCAGCGUUGGUUUCGACAGAGACGCAAUCAGGAAAAACCAAGCAUUCUUAGGAAGUUCUGCGAAAGCCUGUGGAGAUUUACAUUUUAUCUUUACAUAUUCACCUAUGGAUCCCGGAUCUUAAAAAAGAGUUCUUGGCUGUGGAACACAAAGCAGUGCUGGAUUGGUUACCCAUAUCAGCCAUUGAUGCCUGAGAUUCAUUACUACUAUAUACUUGAACUGGCAUUCUAUUGGUCUGUAAUGUUUUCUCAGUUCAUUGACAUCAAAAGAAAGGAUUUUAGCAUCAUGUUUACACAUCAUAUUGUGGCAGUCAUAUUACUAAUUAUCUCUUACGUAGUCAACUUCACACGAGUUGGAACUCUGGCUUUGUGUCUUCAUGAUGUGGUUGAUGUCGUGCUGGAGGCAGCCAAAAUGGCAAACUACUGCAAGUUUCAAAAACUCUGCGAUUUCCUCUUCCUUAUGUUUGCUAUUAUUUUCAUUAUUACUAGGCUUGGAAUAUAUCCUUUAUGGGUACUCAACACUGUAUUCUUCGAACUGCCUGAAAUUGUUGGUGGUUUUCCUGGUUUAUCAAUCUUUGUCAUUUUACUUUUGAUACUUCAAAUUCUCCACUGCUUUUGGUCCUAUUUAAUAAUAAAGGCAGCCUAUAAAGCUGUUUUGAAAGGCAAGACAAAGGAUGACCGAAGUGAUGUUGAGUCCAGUUCAGAUGAGGAAACCUCCACUCUUCAAUCAAGGACCUCCCACAGCUCAGCUACCAUCAAUGGGACAAAUGGAACAAACGGGUAUCUCACUGGUAGCAACUCUGCAGAGGAAUAUUAAUCCUUGGAGUAUACACUGCUACACGAACUGUUUGCUACAGAAAACAAAUAAGUUGUGAAUGCAGGAUUUGAUUUUUUUUUUUCUCUCUCUCUCUCUCUGUUCUUGUUUCCUUCUUUUUUUGUGUGUGGGGGAUUUAAGUCUCAGAAAAAUUAUCUACACACACUUGGAAUAUUUAAAGCUUCUAUUACCACACUGCUUUAUUUCCUGUUUGUAAAUGACAGCGCCACAUGAUUUUCUGUAUGUAGGCAUGCUGUAUCUAUCUAUCUAUCUAUAUAGCUGACCAGAUGGGAGCAGUAUUUUCUUCAGUAGUUUUUGAGUAUUAUUUAUUUUAUAUCUUACUUUGAGAUGACUUCCAAAUGAAAAAGAAAACUUCCUCAAGAUUCUCUUUUGGACUUCAUUAGGGUUAAAGGUUGCCAGGUUAAAGAUGGGGUUUCUUUUGUGCUUGGUUUCUCUAGCCAGUAUUCUGAUAUUGUAGUUGCCUGCUAAGAUUUCACUUAUUGCAAAAUCACACAAGUUUAUGACUCUUUCUAGAUAUUUUUUUUAAUGAGAGGGAAGUUUCUUUUUGCUGAAAGAUGCUGACUUUAGAAUUUGCUGAUACAAUCACAAUUGUCAUUUCCCGUCAUUUUAAAAUGUUAUCUUGAUAGUUUUAUGUAACAGAGUCAGUUUGAACAUUCAUUCUCAUUCACUAUAUGUGCUAUAAGAACACAUUUUUUAAUCGAUUUAACCAGCCACCAUACACUAACUUAGUGGCAAAUUUGAUUUGGCUUCCAGCCAAAUGAACUAACUCAUCUUCAACAUAGGUCCUAUCUUGCAGAUUACCUCAAAUUUUCUGUUUGGAUCCAUUUUUCAAGCAGGUGCAAUCAAACUGGUGUUAUAAACACUAGCUUAUAAUAAUUGUAAUAUUUAUUUCUUGCUUUUCCUUUCUUAUUAUUUACGAUAUUCAUUUCCUUCCCUCAGUAGCCCUUCCAGUUGUUCAAAAAUGCUGUUUAGAGUCUGAUCAAACCAUCCCAUUGCCUCAUCUUGCACAUCAGCAACACCUGAGCUGGGAUGAUUCAAUCAAUGACUAAUCUGUCCAGGGUUCUUUUGUUUCUAGUCCUUCCAGUCAGCCCAGAGUUGGCUGGGAGACUGUCACUCCUUUCCCAGCUUUACCUUUAUUUAUAUAUUUAUUUAGCUGAGGUGAAAACUACACCUGGCACAGGUAGAAUCAGCACCACUAUAGACAAGUCAGGGGGGAUUGUAUCCCACAUGCGUUCCUGAGAAUUAUUAUUUUUUUUACACAAACUCACCUUUGCAAGAGAGUGAAACCAGGCUCUUCUAGAGCAGGGGUCUCCAACCUUGGUCCCUUUAAGACUUGCAAAGCUGGCUGAGGGACUUUGGGAGUUGAAGUCCGCAAGUCUUAAAGGGAUCAAGGUUGGAGACCCCUGUUCUAGAACUUUCUGUGUUGCAGAAGGCAGAGCAGUCAGAGUUACACACACACACACACACACACACACACACACACACGCAUUAUCUUUAUAGCUGUAUUAUAGAAAAAAAUAUCUUAGGGUUAGAGACCUUGAUAGUCAAGGAAGUGGGGGAGAGGGAUUUAUUUUCUUUUUUUCUUAAGUAGAAAUGCACUCACAAAUAGGGCUUCCACCCAAAGUUUGGAGAUACUUAGUUUCAACUCCAGCAGAACUUACAGUGAUCAAGGAUAGCCCCAACCAACUUGGUAGCCUUUUUUAUUUUUUUGGGAGGGCUCUUGGGCUGUUGUGAGUAAGGGUGGGGAAUCCGUUUUGCCAGUUAGUUGCACAGGCCACAUCUGGAACAAAUGGAAUGACUUUCACGCCGAUGCUUUUUAAAAACUAUUUUAGAAGAUAUACAUUUGCUUGGCCACCUGCGCCAAAGUUAGUAUGGAAAGAUCUAGCACAAAGGAAAGAACAGAAACUGGAAGAAGAAUGUCUUUCCAGAAAUAACGUGGGCUCUAGAGGCAUGAUGUAGAGGAGAGACCGAAUUAUCCAUAUGGCUAGUUUCGAUGGAUCACAGUAAAAUGCCCAAUUUUUACAUUUACUGUUGAUGUGACAAGACAGGUGGCUCAUUUGAAUGGGUAUUAUCUUACCAAAAACCUCCUGCUUAAGAGGCACUUGCUUUCAGUUUAAAUGAGCCAGAAAUUAAUUGUAAGCCAGUUUGGGAAGGUGGUCUGUUUUAUGUUUUUGAUUGUUUAGUUUUUUGUUUUUUGCUCCUGCAUAUCUGCAGCUUGAGAAAAGUUGUAUAGUAUUUUAUCUGGCUUUAUUAUAUGGGAAGAGCUUUGGAGGAAAAAAGAAGACAAAAUAAUUAGCUGCCCCGAUUACAAUUUAUAUGAAAAAAGAGUUCAUAUGACUGUUUCUGACACCAACCCAGGUGGUAUUUUCUGUUUUCCCAAUGGAUGUAGGGAUGCUGGUUCCAAUCUUCCAGAUGUUUUGAUUUGUUGCACAGAUCUCAAGAUAUCUUAAGUCUUGAGCUGGACUCUGGUCGCUUGACUGUUCUGUGCAAAUACAUUGGCAAAAAACAAACAAGCAGUCACUUGCGUGACUAAAAAUCUCUUGAAAUGCAAAUAUGGUAAACAUUCACUUAUGUUUUCUACAUAAUCCAUCAAGAGUCCUGCCCUCAAGAUUUAAGAAAGGGGAAAUUAACAGUAUUAAUACCCUCCUGGAUAUCAAUUAAAAUUUAAUUUGUCCCAGAGUUUCUAUUUUUAUUUCUAUACUGUCAUUCCAAAGCUGUCACCCUUUGACUCAAGCUCAACUCUUUGAUUCUAGGCUGAAGUAGAGGUAGAUUAAGCAGGUAGAUUACAAGGGCCAGACAAAUAACAGGACCUGAGUUGUGAUAAAGUAAGAUGGUCAAAAUAAAUACGCGUUUGAUGUUCUUUCAGUUAGAUAAUAUUGAAAUAUUUCAUAACAUUGAAAGAUAAUAUUGAAAGCGAACACUAAUUCGGAGAGUUGGCCUGUUUAACCCCAUGUCCUUAUAAAAGUUGCAAUUAGAUAAAUAAAAGAAAGGGGCUCCAGCUUCACUAGUUGGCACCUCAGAAACUAGAAAAGUGUUAGAUAGUAUGGGUGUUAAGGCUACAAAAUAUAAGGCGACAGUGUUAAGUCACAGGAAAAUUGGUCUCUUUCAAUACCGUGAAGACUCCACUGAAAAGACGCCCCUUCUUGCACACUAGGGCUUGUAAGAAAACGGGGGUAGUGUUCACAUGUAUGUAAGUUCAAUAUUCACCUAUGAUUGUGCCUGCAAAGAGCCCAAGUCAAAAUAAGGAAUUAUUCCCAGGAAGAUUUCCUAGAAUCCAUCUGAUAUUCCUUUGCCUCUAACAGUAUUUUCUCAUGUAGCUUCUUUAUUUAAAAAAAAAAAAGUUUAAAAGGUCUUAUUUGUAAAAGCUGUUUGGUCCCUUUUUGCACUAGAGUAAGAAAUGCAGUGGCUGGAGUGUGUAGAAUAGCAAAAAAAAAUUGAAGAAAACUCUCUGGGAGUUAGUAGCCUUUAGAUUGACUGAAUGUUUUAGUAGCCAGCCCUGGAGUAGUGAAGUAAGAUCUAUAGUUGUGUGCAUUUAUUCUGUUAUCAAAUAACAAUGGAACGCACUACAAUAAGUAACGGUGUGUUUUUUUAAAAAGAAAGAAAGAAAAGAAAAAGAUUGGCUACACACCUGAAGGCGAAAGUCUCUUUGGUAUACAUCCAGUUAAGUUGGAAGUGUGACGCCUUACCUGCAGUUUCAAUCCAAACUGUAGAGUGCCAGAUUAAAAAUGCCAAAAAGAAAUAAUACAUGUAUCUGUUGUCAUUUUUGAGUUGGUUCAGUGGAUUUCUCAUUCGUUGCCUCUUUGAUGCAGAAUGCCAUUUCUUGUAGGACUGGUUUACCUAAGAUCCAAGAUAGAGGUCUGGGUUGACUUUAUCUUUGCACUCAUCUUGUCAUGCAGACAACUUACACAGACAACUUGCUCCUUUUCUCUCUCAUUCCCCCCCCCCCAAAUUCUGCCAUUUUUAAAUAGUACCCUUAAUUGGAGCUUAAUCACGUGCAUUGGUUCAUUCGGAAAAUUUAUAUACAAUGGAGGGAAAAGUGCAUACGUUCCAGAAUUCACUUCCUCUCUCUUCCUUGCACAUCCCACAAUCAAAAAUACGCCUUCUUCUGUGAAAUAGUCUCCAUUUUGUUUUAAGGAGAAAAUAUUGGCUAUUAGUUGCUAAUGACAUCAAACUAUGAGGCAUUCUUCUGAGAAGCAUUAAUAUGUGUUUUCCUCCCUACUCCUGUCAUAUGCUGAAGCGGGCUUCUUCCUUAUAUCUGAUAUAUGGAGGUAGGUCCCUUUCGUCUUUUAGCAGAAUAAAAGCUUGAUUUGGGGUUAUUAGAGAAGGAGCUUAACCAUUCAUUUCCACACAUUAUCAAAUACAUUUCUAAGAGUGAUCCUGGAGGACCUUCUUCAGACUGAUGGCCUGUGAAACUAUGCUUUUGUUCCAGAUAUUCCACAAUUGGAAUUGACCGUGUUUGUGUGCUUUAUGACUGCUAUAGUUUCCCAUAAAUGAGGGGCAAAUUGUUGUGUAACUGAAUGGCAGUUUCUUUAGCUUGUCUUACACUAAAUAUAAAAAGAUAUAGGUAUGCUGAUGGUUCAGGUCAAUUAUAGUCUGUCAUCACUUUAACAAUACAUGCCAGAAGUUGGCAUUUAGGGCUAUUAAUGUGCAUUCUUUUCAUCACAAAUUAAUUGUGUGUGUGUGUGUGCAAGCACACAUAUAUAUGUCUAUACACGUACAUAUGUACACACAUAUAUUCACCACAACAUAAACUUUGGCUUUUUGUAAGAAGCAGAUGGAAUAGUUUCUUCUCUCCCAUUAUUAAUAUUUUAAUUAUUUCACUAUUGUUUGCUGUUAUAUGUUCUGUGUAUUCCUGAAUUCUCAUGACCCGUAAUAAAUUAAGAGUUCUGCAUGCUGCUGUGGGAAUGACCAAAGUAUUCCAAAUCCAGCCGUCUGGAAAUCAAAAAUAAUCAAAAGGGCUCUUAUUAUACUACAAGAGUCUUCCUUGGACAAAUGGGAUGCUGCUGCUAAACUGCCCAAUUUUAGUUUCUCUUUUCAGAAUUAUCUUGAGUUUUUGGAGGAACUUUCUUUGUGUAGGUUCCAUCGCAGCAUGUUUUUAACUGAAAUGAAAAUUAAGUGCCUGGCUGAGCUUUGCAUACUUGGGAAAUGGCUUCCCUUUGUUUUAAUGUUGGUAGUAUUUAUUUCGAUCUUUGCUUUAGCCUUGUGCAUUAACGCUACAAUAAGGUGAUCAUAACCAGAUGGCAAUGACAAUCAGAUCAAAACAAAGUUUGAUUCAAGCCAAUCUGAUAUGGUGGAGGGCCACAACCCGUGUGCACAGAAAGUGCAACAUACCCCAAAAGGUAACUCCUUUUUUGUGCCCUGUGCCAUAUUCAGUAGGUCAGCUCAGGACCAAAAAUGGUAAUUUUCCCCCCUGAGAUUUCGAGACAAUCGAACAGUCUGAGAAAUUCCUAGAACUUUCAGAACUUAACUGGCAUAUUCCAUGGUCAAAAAAAGAACAAUGUGUAUAGCCUUGGAUUUUGCUUUCUUUCUCCUUUUUGUCGUAAAUAUAAAAAUAACCAUUCUUCUGAAAUACUUGGAAUCAAUCAAUCAAUAUUGUGAAUUUAGAUUUGAAAACACUUUCAUAAUAAACACUAAGCAUUAGGA